AUGCAAAGACCUGCAGCCAAUAGCUUCACUAUCAUCUCCAUGUUUGUUUCGUUUGUAAGCUUAAUCUUUUCCACAAGCAUAAGCUUUACAACAGCUUUUGACUCUCCUUAUAAGCUCUCAAAGAUUUCUACCAAUGGCGUUGUUUUACCUCUACACCUCAGAGAGAAUUCUAUGAAAUCCCGUUUCAAUAUUGACGAUCACUCCCUUGUCUUAGCUCGCUUAGCGCGGGACAAGGCAAGGCUGCAACAGCUAACUUCCUCCUCUUCUUCUUCGCCAUCUUCUGCUUAUUCCACCAUCGUGAAGGUAUUUUCCGGCGAGUACGUUGUUCUGAUGAAUGUAGGCGAUCCACCACUGCAGUUGGACUUGCUCAUAGAUACAACUUCUUCUUUCACUUGGUGGCAGUGUCAACCAUGUGAGAUUUGCUACAAGCAACCGCUUCCGAACCCCAUUUACGAUCCUCGUAAUUCUUCCACUUUCCGACAAGUUGAUUGUAGGGCGCAAUAUUCAUCGGAAUGCGACCAUACUCAACCUGUAAUUGAGGGUUGCUAUUCAAGAUCCGAUAUGAGGUGCCGUUAUCGCAAUACCUACGAAAGCGGUUUCAUCACUGAAGGAACAAUGGGGACCGAGAUUUUGGCUGACUUCUAUCACCAAAACAUUACCAAUUCUCUAACUUUCGGUUGUGGAACUAAAAAUGUCGGCGGGACUCAUGAGUUUGCCGAUGCAUCUGGGAUUCUGGGAUUCUUCCCGGGUCGAUAUUCGUUUCCGAACUUGGUUCAUUGCAAUAGUAGCUUUUCCUUCUGUUUUCCGGGCUACUAUGAUGGUGGAAAAGGGCAGCUGUACCUGAACAUAACGACAACGACAAGGGUGGUUGCGAGAUUGUUAUUGGGUUACAUGAAGUCAUUUGGGUUGUACUACUUGGCAUUCAAUGGGAUCGAAAUGGAUGGUUUUACGAUCCCGAUUCCUCCGGAAUUCUGGCAGACUGAUGGAAAAGGUAAUGGCGGAGUAAUAAUCGAUAUGGCGACCAUAAUCACUAAGUUGCCGGAGAAAGCCUAUGCAAUUUUCAAAGACUAUUUCCUUAAAAGCACCGAUAAGUCAGUACCAGUUUUACCUGGUGAAGAAGGCUUGGAUACUUGUUUCAACUUGACGGGGCUAAGUGAUUGGAAGAUGCAAGGGCAUUACUUUCCUGAGGUGAAGUUGGUGUUCCAAAGUCGUCCAGAUCCAUUGGAUAUUAGCAACGAGCAGAUGAUAAUGGAUAUGGGAAAUGGGAAACACUGUCUUGCUGUUGCUCCAGGAGGGCCUACUACUAUCCUUGGAAGUUGGAUACUUCAGAGGACGCUUGUGGAGUUUGAUUUAAGUAACGCGCUUUUGAAAUUCGAUCCCCGGAGUUGUGAUCUACCCUUUUAA